AUGGACGCUCUCCCCGACCCCAAGGUGUGGCAAAGCCAAGCCAAGAGGGCGUUGAGGUGCUUCCUAUCGAACACGACGGACGAGCAGAAGUUGGACUACCUCCUCAUGCACCUCACCGAUGCUGCCUAUGUGUGGGCGGAAAGCAAGGACUUCAAGACGGUAGCAGGCUUCGAGUUGUCCUUCAGUGAGCGGUUCGUGUGGGAGUCAACGGCAACGGUGAUGCAGAAUUUAGCAGUGUUGAAGCAGAAGAAGGGGCAAUCAGUGACGGAGUUGGCGGACGAGGUGAGGCAAUUGGCCUCGUACGUGAAGGAAUACCUGACCGCCAUGAUGGUGAGAGCCUAUAUUGAGGGGUUGGAGGACCCGGGGUUGAGGGAGGUGUUGGGAGCUAGGCCGGUAUCAUUGGAGACAGCGGAGGAAGCAGCCAAGUACUUUGUAUCGUAUGCACAGCCAAAGGAGAUGGCAAAGGAGGAGAAGAAGGUGAAGGAGGAGACGGAGGUGGAGAAGAUCACGAAGCAGUUAGAGCAAUUGACCAUGCAACUCACGCAGAUGCAGCAAGGUAGGGGACCUGGGAUCCUACCUAGACCGGGAGGAGGAGCGGGAGGAGGUUUCAAGUGCUACCAGUGCGGGAAGGAGGGGCACAUGGCAAGGGAGUGCCCUAAUAAGGGGAGGGCAACCAUGAACAUGAUGCAGCAGUUAGUGGAGAAGUCUAGACCCGCCAUGACCAUAGCGGAGUUCUUAAAUGGCGAGGAAGGAGGAGUAGAUAUGUUGGUGGGAGAACGGAAGUGGCGAGCAGUUAGGGAUCCGGAGGGAUGGGGCAUUGACGAGGCAAGGGAGGAGUUGAGGAAGAAGCUGGCGGAUGGGACGGAGGAGGCAAAGGGGUCAAGGUUCGUGAGGGGGAAGGCGAGAAUCUCGUCCCUCCCUACCUCCUACAACGUGGUGGAUCAACUCAAACUCACACCAGUGAGUGCGAGUGUGUGGAACUACAUCAAGGAUAGUGACAAGGUGAGAAAGGAGCUGAUAGAGGCCUUGAAAAAGGGGGAAGAGGAGAAGGAGGAGGGAACAGCACCUAUGCAAGGAGUGGCGAAGAUAGUGGCAGCCGCACCGGUGGAGGUUAAGGAGAAGGAGGCACCGAGGGCUAGCAACCUAGUAUUUCAGAUCCCACAGUGCGACGUGUAUUUGGGGAAGCAUCGGGUGACCGCCAUAGUCGAUUCGGGAGCAUCACAAACCGCCCUAUCACACGUGAUAGCUAGGAAGCUCGGACUAUUACCAUACCUUCAAGAUACCACCAUAGAAUUCACUACCUCUAGCGGGGAUACGUCGAAGCCGUGGGGAAUCCUACCGGAUGUGCCGGUUAGGGUGGGGAAGCUGACUCUACCAGUGGACAUAGCAGUGACGGGAGCGAACACCUACGACAUGCUCUUGGGGCAGGAUUGGAUCUAUUCGGCCAACGCAGAUAUCUUGACUAGUAAGGGGAAGAUAGUCUACCAGGUUAACACCAAGGAGACCGACUCCGUGCCCAUCACCACGGGGCCUAUGGGAGUUGGUGGCCGUCCCUCUUCUGUGCUCCUCCCCUCCCACACAACCCACAGGAACAUCAAUGAGGAGGAUGAGGAGCACAUCAAGGCGUGGAUGGAGGAAGCAGAUUUUCUAAAGUGGAUGGAAGAAAGGAGGAUAGCCAUGGAGGAGGAGGGAAGGACGGAGCUGAACGCGGAGAAGGAGGAGGAGUAUUAUUUAUGGCUGAGGGAACAGGAGGAGGAGGAGCAGGAUGAGGCUUCAAGCGGAGAAGAAUCUGAGGAGGAAGAAUUAGAGGAGAAGGAGCAUGAGGGAGAGGGAAAUGCAGAGGAGGCUUGGGGAUAUGAUUUUGGAAGCCCAACGGCAAACAAGGUGGGUGCUUGGGCUAGUGGAGGCAUGGGGAUUGAUUGGGAUCAAGCUUAUGAUGAGAUGGUGGAGAAGUACGUGGGAGAAGAGGAUGAGGUCGAUUGGGAAGUUGACUCCAUGGCAGAUGGGGAGGAGUACUUGGAUCAAGAUUGGGAGGAUGGGGAGCUAAUCUAUGAUAGGAAGAGGAAGCCGAUUAGCACGGACCAUCUCUUCGAGAUAUACAACUACCCGGCAGCCGAGAAGUGGAAUUACGUGGCAGCCGAGAGUGGGGACGAGGGGAGAAUCAUCCUAGGCAGUUACUACACCCUCAAGAAGGAGGCGCCUAGAGUAGCUUGCCCUGCGUUCGAGGACCUACCCGUGUCAUUGAACCACGAGCUAGAGGAGCAGCAGCAGAAGGAGGUGCGGACACUUUUGGUGGAGUAUAGGGAGGUCUUUUCCACAGAGAAGGAGACACUAGGAACCCACCCCACCAUCCGCCACCACAUUGCCACCGGGAGUGCCAAGCCGAUAGCCCACAAGUCAUACCGACCGGACGGAGGGAAGCUGGAGGCGAUUAGCAACAUGGCGGCGCCGGUAGACCAGAGGGGCGUGCGGGAAUUCCUGGGGUGCACGAGCUACUAUAGGAGGUUCAUCAAGGGGUAUGCCAAGGUGGCGCACCCUCUCACGCAGCUGCUCCACAAAGACCACCCCUUCGAAUGGACACACGACUACCCCAUCCCCAUGUACACAUCCCUUUUUCCCAAAGAACAGGGUGAAGACGAGGGGGAGAGUAGUGAGUCAGUGACCAAGGGAGAGAAGGAGGAGGAUAGCAAGGAGGAGGAUAGCACAGAGGAGGAGGAAGAAGCAGAUAAGGGGGACGAGGAGGACAAUGAGGAGGAAGAGGAGAAUAGUACGGACAAGGAGGAAGAGGACAAAGAGAAAGGAGGGGAAGUAGAGGAGGAGAGUAGUGGAGAGGAGGAAGGUGAGGAGACCGGAGAAGAGGAGGAGAUCUUCGAAGAGGGGCAACGGCCGGAUGAGGGAAUAGAGGAGGAGCAGCUGCUAGAAGAGAUAGGGCAGCCUAAGAAGAAGGCAAAGGUGGAAGGAGAGGCAGGAGAGGAGGGGACUCCUAGUAAGAAUCUCGCGUCCGAGACCACCCUCGACAUUUGGGACGACGCCAACACCUUGUUCUUCUUGGAGAAGGGGACGGUUGAUCCGGCGUGGAGCACGGCGGAGAAGAGGAGGGUGAGAGCAAGGGGUAAGAACUUCGAAUGGAGGGAUGGGAGGUUGCUGAAGAAGAUCAAAGGGGAGUUGAAGCCGGUACCAAGGAAGGAGGAGAGGAGGGACAUCAUAGCAUUUCUUCAUGGGUUGGGGCACUUGGGGGUACCGAGGACCACGGACUUGGUGAAGAAGCAGUAUGAUUGGUACGGAGUGGGGAGUGAUGUGGCGGCGUUUGUGAAGGGGUGUGCGACGUGUGUGUUUCAGAAGGGGGCUUGGACGGCGAAGGGAGAAUUGCAGCUGGUACUGGUCUCGAAGCCGUGGGAGAGGGUAGUGAUCGACUUCAUCGGGCCUCUCCACACCACGGCCAAAGGAGGGAACAAGUAUGUCAUCUCGGCCAUGGAUCACUUCACCAAGUGGCCGGAGUGUAAGCCGGUAAGGAGUGCGGACGCGGCAACAGCAGCGGCAUUUGUAGCGGAAAAGAUCAUCUCCAACCAUGGCUGCCCACUAGUGAUCCACACCGACAAUGGGGCCUCAAUCCAUUCUUCCACCAAGUUUUCUCCCUUUUUCCUACAGUAUGGGCGUCACCCAAACAUCACGGGCACCACCAUGUCGGAUUUCGAGGUGCGGGAGCUGUCGGAGUUGUCCACGGAGGAGGAAGCGGAUGCGGUGGCAGGAUAUCUCUAUAGGAGGUCUUCAGAGAUGGAGCUGGUGUUAGCACAGGCAGUGGGGAACCAUGACAAGGCACAGGAGAAGCAGAAGCUGGACUUUGACUUGAGGAGGACAACGGCCUUAGAGAUGGAGAAGUUAGAGAAAGGGGACUUUGUCCGCCUCAAGCCAAGUAAGAGGGUGGCGUGGGAGAAGCAGGCUAAGAAGUUCAAAACGCUAUUUAAGGUAAAGGAGGUGGAGCAGUUCGAUGUAGUGGUGGAGGAUAAGGCGGGAGCUUCAUGGAAGGAGUCUCGGGAGAACGUGAAGCUGGUGAAGAUAGCACCUUAG